UGCAGCGCGCGCUGUUUUCGGUUCCCAUUAAAACAUAUUAUUAAAGAAACAUCGAUAUUUCUUUAAAGUUGCGGCAUUCGAAGGGAUUUGUAGAGGAACUGAAAAGAAAAUCGACGCGGUUGUGUGUUUUUGUCCGCCUUACAAACAUCAAAGCAAAAACAUGGAUACUUAAAAGAAGUUUAAUGAUAUAUAUAAUGUUUUAGUAAAUAUAUAUCGAUUUAAUUAAUUUUUAAACUUGUUGUUUUCCGCGAGUGGGCGCGUUUUGUUACCUGGCCGCUAUUCGAUUUUACUUUUUCCGCUUUUCCUGCGCGCGGAACGGGUUUUCCAGCGAAGCCUGGCAGUCAUUUUGCUCUCGGGCAGUAAAAACAAGGCUGAAAAACUGAAUUAAAGCGACAGGCUUUUGCGGCAAAUUAAUCGAUGUGCCGUGCAGACUUUUAAUUCGCAGAUUCAUCAUCGAUUUUUCCUUCGAGUUCAGUAUUGGUGUGUGUGAGUGAGUGUGCGAGUCCUGGCAAUACAAAUAAGCAGUUGGGUUAGGUAAACGAAACAACAAAAGGAAGUGAACAAGAGAGAGGGACAAGAAAGAAGAGAGAGAACGACAGGACGAAUCCAUGAGUGAUCACUCAUUGUGUCCUUUUCUCAAACUGCAGCUGUCACAUAAAAUUCGCGCGCGUGUGUGUGUGGGAGAGAAAAAGAACACCGGGUGAUAAUUUCACUCCAUUUCUCUCUGUUUGUGCAUUCAAUUUGCACUAAAGCGAGCGGCUUGCCAAAUUCGCAAAUUUCCGUCCGCGAAUUGCCAUCCAUUUAUUUUGCACUCCCCCCAAGAGAGCGAGAGCAAUAAUAGAAUUAUCAGGCAGAGCUGGAAAAAUAACAAAACCAAAAAGAGAAUGCCCUGGGAGGCCGUAAUGCCGCGACCCUCUGACAUUUCCAUCGUCGCCCACCAAAGAAACUACAACAACUACAACUGAACUGAACUGAACAACAACAUCAGCAGCCCAGGAAAUAAACAAACAAAACAGCAAAAACGAGCAAAUCAACGAACGAAACUCCAGCAGCCUCAACACCGCUGGCACAGUUUUCCUCCUUCAACUCCAACUCCGUGGAGGACUAGUGCUCGGCCAUGUCCGCCACUCUGUUCGAGAUGGCAUCGCAAGCGGAGGAACAGCAGCAGUUGGUCUGCCUGGAGGAGCAGCAGCAGCUGAUUGUGGGCAUGAGCAGCCUGGAGCUGAGCGAAUCCGUGGUCACGCCGAGCAAUUGCGAUGGCAGCGACAGUGGGCUGGAUGUGGCCAGCUGUUGCCUUUCGCGGGUCACCCUGCAACGUGGCCUGAGCAGCACCAGUGGCGGCUACACCAGCAGCAAUGGUCUGGAGGAGAUCUACGACAGCUGCGAACUGAAGGUGGCCACUGUGACCCAAACUCCUAGCGAGACGGGCAGUGAGAAGACGACGCCGCCAAGGAGAACUGGUUCGGUGAAGAAGAAAGUGGCCAUGUUUGAGCCGGAGCCAAUGGGAACUCCGGCCAAGGAUCAAUUGCGUGGUCGAGUGGCCAACUUAAAGAGAGCCGAGAGCCUGCCCAGAAAUAGUGCGACGCCGGGAACGCCGACCACUCCCGCUUCGAACAAGUCGCGCCUUUCGACCUCCUCCUCCUUUCGAGUGCCCAGCUCCUCUGCCACGCCCACUUCGGUUCGCCUGGCACGCCCCCAGAAACCAGAUACGCUGCCUAAUGCCCUGAACCGCGCCCAGUCCGUUCAGCGGCUCACCCAGGUGCAGCGGACUCCCUCCCUGAGUCGAGCUAGGACCCCGGGAACUCCCUCAGACGAUGGUCGUUGGCCGGCGAAUCGGGGGGCAGCUCGUCGCGGGAUGUCAGUGACCCCCGAAGUGACGGCAAACAGGAUGCGGGGCAGUCCUGCGCCCGGAGGAACCCUACCGCGUCGCCGGAAGCAGCAGUCCGUGGAGGAUCUGACCGGUGGUCGUCUGUCCAGGAGCAACUCCAUCAGUCGAGCAGCUGUGGAUUCCCGCAUGACCUCCUCCGUGAUGGUGGUUCCGACGAGUCGUAGGAGUUUGGCUCCCGCCACCGCCAAGGUGAAUUCCCUGCGGAGACCUCAGCCGGUGACGCCCAGAACACGAAUCUAUCACGAGACAGCCGUACAAACAGCUCUAACCAGUGAGGAUCUGGAGCAAGUGCUGGGCGGUGGUAUGCUGCAAACCCGUGCCCUGGACGCCGUGGAGCAGCGCAAUCAGAGCACCCAAGCGGAGCCGGAUCAGAGGGAUUUUGAGCUGGAGCAGCUGCGUCAGGAGGUGCGCCAACUCAGUGGAAAACUGCAGCGCGAGCGGGAGGAGAAGCUGGCCAUGCAGCAGGAGCUGCACCUGAACACGGAGCGGGUGAUGGGCAUGCUGGAGCUGGCGCGAGUGGCGAGUGCCAGUGCGGGCACACCCACGUCGGAGGACAGUGGCGAUGGCAGUGGCCACGACAGUCUUCUCAUGCUGGAGUCCCAGAUCCAGAUCAGUGGCCAUGAGCUGUUCGAGCGCCAGCAGGAGAUCGGUCAGCUGAGGGCCAUGUGUCGCGCCCUGCAGCUGGAAAUGCGAAGAUCCCUGGCCACUCAGCAAUUGCUGCUGCAGGAAAAGGCCGCCAUUGAACAGGAGUCCAGUGAACUGCAGGAUUUCCUGCAACACGAGAAGGCAGCCCAGUGCGAUGCUCUGCGGGACUUGGAAGCCGACUACCAAGCCGUCAAAUCCCAGUUGGCCAAUCGCGGGGAGGAGGCCAAAGUGCUGCGCGAUGAGUGCCGGCAUUUGGUGCGGCUCAAUGAGCAGCGUCGCCAGGAGAACCGCCUGCUGCAGACUAAGUUCUCCGCCUUGGAGAACAAAUCGAGGGAGCUAAUCCACCAGCAGAAUGCCUCGGUGGCCGGGGCAUCCACUGCCCUGUCGGGAUUGCACUCCCGUUUGGAUGGACUGGUGGAGCAACUGGUCUACUCCUACAGUAUUUCCGAGCAGGACUUGGAGGACAUUCGCUUCCAAGCGGAAUCGGAGCAGGUUCAGAACGGCCAAAGGCCCAAUGGUCUAGACUUGCCCAUCUGCCCGGCAGCCCCAGGCGAUGCAAUUCACACCCUGGUCCUGGCCAGUGAUGGCUCCUUGUCUCCGCAGCGCAAUCAGUCCUUCAUAGCCGCUGUCAUCGGUGCCAUUCGCCAGGCCACCACCCAUUCCGGCAAGCGGUUGUCCCUUCGCCAGGCGGGAAAACGGAACGGAGUAGCAGCAGGAUCGGCUCAGGCGGGAAACACAGGAGCCACGGCUCAUGAGCCUCAGGGAAAUGGAGACGAUUCCGAUUCCACGGAAAUGCUGGACUCUGAGACGGAACCCUGCCUCCUGAUGAUGGACAAUGUGUUGGAGGAUGUGGUUCAUCCGGACUCGCAUUCGCACAACAUGGUUUCCUCCUGCACGGGAAUGAUCUCCCAGAUAGAGCUGCCCACGGAAUUAAUUAGUCAAUGUAGCCAUCAGAACAAUUUAAAUGGAGGAACAGGUGGUGAUGACUCCCUGCAGCAGUUGUCCCAGGCCAUCACCAACAGGCAGCAAAUGGAGCUGCAUAUGCACAAGAUGAAUGGCCUGCCCAUGAAUCCUCGCGAUCAGUGUAACACAGAGGAGCUGAGCUGCCAUGAUUCACUGGCGGAGCUGGCCGAGUUGCCUUCGCUAAUGGAAUACAGUACCGCUCAGGCUGUCGUGGAUCAGGUGAUCGAAGUGGACACCUUGGUGACCAAACUGCUCAAGGUCCUCCGACUGGUUCAGCUCGACAACGACAAUUGCAUACAGCAAUUGAUUGUUGACAAGAACAAACUGCAGCAGCAUAAGGAGGACAUGCUGGAGAAACUAAAAGACUUGGAGGACGUCAAUUUGAAGCUGCAGGACGAACUCAUGGACGCCACCCAGGAGCUGAUGAUCAAGGGCAGUGACCUUGGCGGCGCCAAGGCCGAAAUGCAGCGCCAUCGCAACGAGAUCGACCGUCUCAACGAGGACAUCUGCACUCUGAGCACACUCUGCAGCAGCUACAAAAAGCUGUCGCCCACCACGGAGUUCCCGCCCAUGCGGCUGCUUUCUCCCAGCCAGGACUCCGAGCAGGGCGAUGUCCUGGGAAUCCUUAAUUUGCUCAAGAUGUGGCAGGCGGGCGGGCAGCUGCAGGAUCCACGAGUCAGCGGAUACCUUCAAACUAUGGCUGGCAGCCAGGUCCAAAACAUACAUCAGGAUAACAACAAUGUGGAACGCCUUAGGAUCUAUGCCAAUCAACUGGAGCAUGUGUCCCGAGUCCUGGACGAUGGACUGCCCAUGGAGCUGCAUGCUCCGCUCCAGCAGUUGCGGCAGGACAUCGAGGUCGUCAGGACGAAUGCCAACUGGACGCAGCUGCUCGAACUCAACGAAACGGAUCACAAUGCCAAUGGCGAUGUGCCGUCCACCAAGCCUUGAAUUGUGUCAAAAAUUGUUGUUAUUCGUCUAGUUAACUAUUAGAUCUUGAGCGUUGUUUACUUUUACGUAGUUAGUUACAAAUGUUUGCGUCCAAUUCAAAGCGAAACUGGCAUCGAUUACAGUUCUAGAUGUUUUAACCACGUCCAAAGGAAAGAAUAUUUUAAAGAAAUCAUUGCAUUCCAUAAAUCGACUAGACUUCUUAAAGCCACUGCACAAGUGAUCUUAAAAUGAAUUUCAGUUAGCUUACAUAGCAUGCAUUGCAGCAUUAACAAAUUUCUAUGCUGCAUACUUUUCGUCUAAAAAUGUUUUUCUGUGGCCCUGUUCAAUAGUAAUGGGUUAACCAGUAUUCGGUCUCAAGUAUUAUACAAUUCCUAGAAAUAAAUUUAUCCUACAGUUAAGUUGAGUUGCACUUUACAAAGAAAAGCUCCAUCAUGCCACAUCAGUUAUGCAAAAAGAAUGCCAAUCACAAUGCAGACUUAGAAUAUAUUUAGUUUUGUUUUAGCGAAGCGAACAUUUGCUUAAGAGUAAACGCCAUAAAAAUAUCCUUUGAGAUAUGGCACGCCUCAAACCGAAUUCCUUGCCGCAUUGCCAAAACUACAAUUGCAGCUACAAUUUGCUAUUCAGUCAUUAGUGGAAGGUGAAAGAAGGGUUUAGACUAGACCAGACCCCGUGUACUGAAAUGAUAACUAAUGCAUUCGAAUUCGAAAGCAAGCUGUUUGUUUAAUACACGUACAAUAAAUAAGCAUAAACUAAAUACAUAUGUAUAAAAAUCAACUAUAAA